AUGUCUGAGUUCGAAUAUAAGAAUUUACUGUUCCAAAUAAGCCAAAGACUCGACAACAGAAAUGCCGGCAAGCAAUUACUAGUGAUAUGCAGAGGAAAACUGGCGGCUCGUAAUGAAGAAAGCAUCCCUACCUUUUCGUUGUUUGUAGAAUUAGAGCUGAAAGGAUUUCUGAGUCCCGAUCGACUUGACUUAUUAAGGGAAAUGUUAAAAGGCGUGAAGGAAUGGGAUUUUCUACAUAAGGUUGAAAUAUUUGAGUGCAGAAGAAAGAGAUACAACAACGUGCUUGAGCUGAUUAUACGAGUACUCGACGAGCUUAAUGAUUUGGAACGACUCAUCUCGAUUUGCAGAGGAAAUAUAACAGAAGGAAGACGAGCUAACAUCCACGAUGUUAGGUCAUUGUUUAGGGAGCUAGGAAGCAACGGCUGUCUUGGAAUCGACUGUCUUACAAUCUUAAAGGAGAUUUUAAUCCAGACGGAGAAAAGUGACCUCCUUGAAGUAGUAAAUAGGUUGGAGCGACAACGUUUCAUUCACAUUGGAGGUAUUCGGAGUAUUGAUUUAAGCUUUGAUAUCCGUUUUUGCAGAUGUUUUUGUAACCUUUUACCUUGUUUGAAAUAUAUGAUAAUUUUUUUAUUUUAAAGUAACUUGAAAAUAUCGUUGUUUUAUGUUUUAGACGUAUUGGAGAUUAUUGCCAGAAGGUUAGAUGAAGGUAAAAUUUGCUUGUUAUGUUAUGUUAUCAGGCACGGCCAGUUGGAAAAGCUGGAGUGGACUCUGGACUGGACUGGACUAGACUCUGGACUGGACUGGACUGGACCUUUUUGUUUAGGGGGGUAAUUUUUUGGGGGGGUUGGAGGCGGUUGUGUUAUUUUUUCUAGUCUGUAAAAAAAUCGCGUUUUCAACCUUUCCCCAACAGGCUAUAUUUUUUCAUUUAGGGGGAGGGGGAAGGAGGGUAGUAUUAUAUAGACUUUACUUUUCUUUUGGUCUGUCUUUUAGUCUUAGAUUGGUCACUCUGUUUGACUCAUGGUCGUCAUGUUUCACUUGAAAGUUGAAAAAAAUAGCAGAAGUGGAUGUUACGUCGGUGGAAAUACCCUAAAAAUUAUCUCGAUGUUUUUUGGGGUGCGUUAGGUAUUAACAAAAACAUGACCUGUUUCUUCUGCGUAGCAACCAACCCAUGGGCUGGGCUUUGUUUUCGGCAUUGUUAUUUGGUGUUAAACGGAGUGGGAAUUAAUAAAGAAUGAUUUUAUUCUUCGGAGUCUACUGCAACAUUAGUAGCUGUGCUAGCAAUAACACACAGUGAAUGUGAGAUGUGCUUUUCUGACUUUUGGGCACAUGCAAUACCAUGUAUGCCUGCAAAACAACCAGCCCAUUCAUUGUUGGGAGGGAGAUAUCAGAUUGCUUCACACCUCAUCGGGCCCCACCUCAUCACAAUUUGACACCAGCGGCUAACUGAAAAGAAGACUGAGACAAUGAAAGCUACUCCUGAAAUCUACGGCAAGUAACAAAGCCGUAAAAGCUACUUUGAACCCAUCAGCCUGUGAAGGCAGUUCAGUUGAAAAUUUCUUUGGCGCGUUUCUACUUCAUUGAAAGCAGGACAAUUCCGUCGCAUACAGUGGGAUACAUGUAGCUUAAAACAAGAAUCGGUGAAAUAUACAUAUUCAAACUACCCCACUGAAUAGCCAUACAAGGCAGAGAAGAGGCAGGCAUGACUGAAAUAUAAGCCUAAGCUCUAUGAUAUUUUUUUUAGGCACGACCUGUCUACCUUCACAGGGAGGCAAAAGGUUCUUUCCUUUUAAGAAAAAAUGUUACCCUCAACCCUCGAUAAUAAGAUAGACUACAAGAAACAGGUCAUGUUUUUGUUAAUACAUAACAUCCACCUCUGCUAUUUUCUUCAACUGUCAAGUGAAACGUGACAGCCGUGAGUCAAACAGAGCGACCAAUCUAAGCCCCCCACCCAGACUAAAGAUGACAGACAUAAAACAAAACCAACAAAGAACAAAGAAGAGUAAAGUCUAUAUAAUACUACCCCCUCCCCCCCAAAUGAAAAAAUAUAAACCCCCCCCCCCCCCAAAAAAAAAAGUCCAGUCCAGUUCAGAGUCCAGUCCAGAUUUUCCAACUGGCCAUCAGGCACUAUAUCGGUCCCAAGAGGGAAGACCAAAAACUAUGAGAAAAAGACACUAACAUACUUGACAUACCUGGGUGGGUUGGGGAGGAAAGGGAGCUGUACUAGCUGCUUCUGCUAUGCUCAAGGUAUCUACUUUAAUAUGCGCACGCAAUACAAUUAAUUAACUGAUUACUCGACCUGAGAAGUAGUUUUACAUGGUGGCCCUAAAACCCUGGUUUAUUAUUUAGACAAGCAUAAUCUAAACUGAUCCUUUCCCUAAAUCACACAACCAGGUCAAAAAACAAAACAGCACAAUUGGGUUGAGACUAAGACAGGCUUUAUUGAGAGCAUACUGUAAAAUUAGGUUAAUACAAGAACAUAAUUUAUUUUAGUAUAUACUAAAACAGUGGAUAGUGUUUUUUGCGCGCUCUGAUUGGCUACUCAAUCAGUGAAUAUCCUGCACUAUUCACUGAUUCACCUCCAGUUCCUCCGAGCGAGCGACGCCAAACCCGCAUAAGUUGCGAGCAACUGAAAUGCCUUCCCGGUUUGCUGCCGUAAACAAACAAAGAAAUUUCACAACUAAUCAAGCAAGCUGUUUCCGAAAUACACGAAUAAGGUGACGAAGUUCAGAUUGGAAGUUUUAACAGGUAAAGCUUUGUCUUUUUGACACGAAUUUAUCGAUAAAACCAGUGAAAAAGUUUUUUGUUUACAAAUGCAAAUUAAGUUUAAGUCUUGCGUUACUUUAUUUAGUUGAGUUGGUCAUAAAUAAGCUUAAAACUAAAUUUAAUAAUCUUUUUUUAGAAUGAUUUUAAAUACAAAAAGAAUUCACAACUCCUUUUGAAGAAAUUUCCCCGCAAGAGCUAAACAAAUGCCUUCAAAAGUUUUGAUUGUCGGCAAGAAAAAGCGACGGCCGCGGCCACCGGGUCAUUACGCGCCAAAAUUGUAAUCGUUGGCAACAGUAUUUGAGUUAAAAAUCAUCAUUUUUGUGUUCAAUUAUCUCACUGCUUUAGUGUAUACUAAAACAAUUAUUCACCUCAGUGUCGGUGGCUAGUCGUGGAUAUUUACCUCACUGCUUCGUAGUUCGGUAAAUACGACUAGCCACCUCCACUUCGGUGAAUAAUUGUUAUAUAAUGACCAAAUUACACUCCAAAUCGAAAGGUAGAGUGAAGUGUCUACUAGUCUGAUUUGAAAUAAUAGCUUUAGCUAGUACAUCAUAAUAAGUAAUUUAAGUCGGAUAGUGGGAACCAUAAGAGAGAAGGAGCAUACACCAUCAAGAUUAAUCCGAAAGCCAGUCACCGAGAAUCUGAAUAAAGUCUACUAUCAUAUUCCUGCUUGAAGGUUAAGUGAGAUGCCUUCAACACAGAAAGAGUGGAAUGCAUAGUCAAAAAGGUCUGCAAGGGAGGGGAUCAGUGAAAGUGAUUAUGACUUCUCAAUUCACAGUUUCAAACAUUGUUCGUACAAUGACCUGAUUCUUGUAAAAACUGGUAAUAAUGCUGGCUGUGUCAAGUUCAUGUCUCAGCUCAGAUGAUCAUGUCAUUAAGCAGUGCAGAUAAGCCAUUUGCCUUGUCUCCUUCAUCCUUUCCACCACACUGAACUCGGGGAAGGGGACAUAAAAAAACACACAGACACACCACUGUUCUAUUCCAUGAAAAGAGCAGGAAGGUUUUCCUGAUGGUAUGGUCUCCCUCUAAGUCCGUUAUCACUUCUACUGUCACACAUAACAGACACUUGCCUCACAAUCAUACCCUUAGUGGCAGACAGUGGUGCCCUUGCAUGCUGACAUGUGAGCUUACGGCUAGCAUAAAAUAUACAGAGGACACACUCUGUUGUCCUCUUCCAUAUUACGUUAAGUUACAUUGCAUUACAUAUUUAUUUCUGACUGUUGUCUGAUGAAGAUCCUGAUAUUUAGAUUACAGUUUGCAAAUGCUGCUAAAUGCUGCACAACCAGAAUGGAUAGUCGGGUCGUCCGUAGCCGCCAGGAUCAUGAGGGGAGCAGGUAAGAUUUUGUCUAUCUCACUAUCGGACUAACAAAAUUACAUUUGAACAUUACUUAUGUAUUUCUGUCUGUUAUCUUUUAACAGGAGCCCUACUGUGGUCAAUUGUCAAGCAAAAGACAGAAGGUAAGAUUUUGUUUUUCUAUUACGCUAUUAGACUAGGAUGGAGGAACGGAAACUAAACCCUUUAUUUAAAACCCACCUUAUUUGUGUGAAAGAAAAUGAAUAUCAGUGGGACAGACCUUUUAUUAUUGCUAAAAAGAAAAUGAUCAAUCACAGGGUUCGUGCUACUCCUUGAAGUCCUUGAAAAGCCCUGGAAUUUAAUUUUAGAUUUCAAGGGCGUUUGAAAAGCCCUUGAAAAGAAGAAUUUUUGCUGAAAGUGCUUGAAAAUAAUGAAAACUCCUUGAAUUUUUGUUCGGAUGGGAAAUAAUGUAGGAUUGUUUUAAAGUAAUUCAGGGAUUGAGCGCAGAUUUCAAAAUCGGGGACAGAUUUUGCAAAACCUGCACUGUUGCAAGUUGGGUGAAAUUCUGUUUUGCACACAUGCAUUCUGGGAUUAG